AUGGCUCCAUCUGCGAUCAUCGAGCCUCCGGCUCCGAAGGAACUAUCCAGAGUCCAAAAUGCUCCCCUUGCGUACCGGAAUGAUACCUUGGAGAAGCCGGUUGCCGAUGAUUAUAUGUAUGCCUUCAAAUACAAUUUCCCACUUCCGACCUUUGGCAAGGGCAAAGAUAUACUGGAUUUCAGCAAUGAUGACGAGCGGGAGAAGGAGGAGAUUGCUCAACGGUUCAUGAGAACUUUGGAGCUAAUCAGCCAAAGCCGUGAUUCAGCGGCAUUUGCCGAGCUAUUCCUGGACUGUGGCGUUUGGAGAGAUAAAAUCGCGUUUACUUGGGAAUAUCGUUCGUUCAACACUCCACAAAAUAUCGAACAGGCCGCGAAGGACCUCUUCCCUCGUACACCCACCAGCAACUAUAAAUUGAUUGAACCUGCCCCAUCAAUUCAACGUCCGUAUCCUGAUAUUGCCUGGCUUCAGAUCGUGUACGCCUUCGAUACCAACUUGAUUGGAGCAAGUGGAGUCUUGAACCUCAUAAAAACGAAAGACGGGUUCAAGAUCUGGACUCUUCAUACUGCGAUCGAGAGCCUUAUUGGACACCCGGAAAUCCCCAAUAGGGACGGCCACAUGAUUGGCGACAAAUCAUGGCACGACCAAAGAAUCGAAGAUGAUAACUUGGAACUUGUCGAGCCGGAAGUAAUCGUGGUUGGCGGAGGCCACUGUGGUCUCCACAUUGCUGCAAGAUUGAAGGCCUUGGGUAUCGACGCCCUGGUAGUUGAACGCAAUCAACGGAUUGGCGACAACUGGCGCAAUCGAUAUGAAUAUCUGUCUUUGCACCUGCCUCACUGGGCUGACCAUUUCCCAUAUUUCCCAUUCCCUGAUCACUGGCCAACCUACACUCCAGCCGGCAAGAUGGGGGAUUGGCUCGAAUGGUAUGCUAGUGCCAUGGAAAUCACCACGUGGACUGACUCAAGUGUGGUGGAAGCAUCUCAGGCUGAUACUGGAGAGUGGGAGGUGACAAUUCAACGAGGAACAGGGGACUAUAAAUACACACGGACCUUCCGCCCCAGUCAAGUUAUCAUUGCCACAUCGCUGGCUGGCAUGCCAUUUGUCCCAAACAUUCCUGGGGUUGAAAACUUCAAGGGAACGGUCCGGCACUCUACCCAGCAUGAUUCCGCUCGCGAGUGGGUAGGUAAGAAGGUUCUUGUUGUGGGUACUUCUUCUUCUGGCUUUGACACAGCAUAUGACUUUGCUCGCCGCAACGUUGAUGUCACAUUCCUUCAGAGAUCACCUACAUAUCUGAUGUCUCUAGAUGAGUCAGUGCCACGAAUCCUCGCACCUCUCUACGAGCCCAAAAAUCAUAGAAAGCCAGACCUGGAUAGCGCUGAUCGGUUAAACUAUAGCAUGCCAGUCGGGCCUGCGGAAGAGUUGAACCGUCGAGUCGCCCAGGACAUCUGGAACGCGGAUGUGGAAUUGAUUGCGGAAAUGGAAAGGGCUGGCUUCCGAGUCUGGCGAGGCCAACGUGAUACAGGCUCCCACACGCUUGGAUACACCAAGAACGGAGGAUUCUACUUCGAUGCGGGUGCGUGUAAGGCCAUCAUCAACGGUAAGAUCAAGGUUGAGCAAGGCUAUCCUGUCGCGUUCACCGAGGACAGCAUUGUAUUGAACGGGAAUCGUGAACAGCAAUACGACCUGGUCGUACUGGCCACAGGAUUUUCUAAUACUAUCGAUUCAGUCCGAAAUAUCGUGGGAGAAAAGAUUGCCAGUCGAUGCAAUCCGAUCUGGGGGAUGGAUGAGGAAGGCGAGCUUAACACAGCCUGGAAGACAAGUGGUGUGCCUGGUCUGUGGCUCAUGGUCGGGACCUUCCAACAUGGAAGAUAUCACUCGAAGAAACUCGCUCUUAGAAUCAAGGCAAUCCUGGAAGGCAAAGCCCCGGAGCCAUAUUUGAGAUAG